AUGGCGAACGAGGAGACUAUCAUCAUCAAUGGUGUCAAAGUGACCAAGCUCCGGGACCCUGAUUCCGACUACUGCUCAGGUUACUUUGAUCAGUUACAGGGAAGGUACGGCCCGACCGGAUACCUCGAUAUACACGAGAGGUGGAACGAAUGGACGUUUCUUCGUUAUGAUGGAACGAAUCGUGAUGACCGCGAGCAAUUUGUUUCCCGGUUCAAGGAAGCCAAAGUGAAAGUUGACCAAGCACUUGUCAGCCCCAUUGAAACUCGAUUCGAGCUCAUUCAGUUUCUCAGCGCAAUUCCAGGGCGCCCGGAAUGCGAGGACCUGCUUACAUGUCCUCCAUGGUCUCCAUUGAAAUUGCAUCAGAUGAAAGACGACAAGGAUAUGGAAGCUGUCUACAAGCGAUUCAUUCAUUAUGAACGUCCUAGGUACACAUUUGACGGCUGA